ACUAAAUUGUCCGUAGGUGCGAAUGUGAAUGGUUGUUUGUCGAUAUGCGCCUUCCGGGUUUGUGCUGCCUUUCACCCAAACGUUCUAUAGUUUGAAAAUGUCAGUACACGCAAUCUCUUUCAGAACGUGUUAAUGACGAAAAUUUGAUGACGGGGAUAUGAAAAUAGUGUAAAUCUCAUAUAAAGGGAACCUGCGGGAAAUAAGUGUGAGAUUUAGAAGAAAUGGCCCAUCGCUGGCAUAUUACUCGUCAGGGCGAGCUCACUGUGAACACUUAACAGCCGGAGCAUUAGAAUGCAUUAAGUGCUGCAAUCAAGGACGUCUGUGUCUUGUCUUGAACAAAGCAAUAUCCAUGGAAACGGACGUGCCAGUUGAAAAAGUCAUCGCGGGGCGUGCUUAUGUCAUCUGAGAAAAGCGCAGAAUGACAAUGGGCAAAUACGUCAUUUCACUUUGGAGACGUCACGCGCACGCCCCCACAUUCAUUCAUCUUCACUCACACGCUUGAGAAUUCGAGCAACCGGUUUAAAUCGAACUGUAUAUACUCAAAUACAUGGACUACUUAGUUGAGAGGUCACUAAAGUACAUUUUAGAAGAACUGUUUUGGGCCUUGACCUGAUAUCACAGACCUGCAUUGCUACCAUUCUUAUAAUCACACGCUUCCCAGGAUAUCCCUUACGAGUGAGUAGUGAGCAAUGAAGUCGUCUGUCGAUUGGAUUUUUUGUUUUUUAAAACCACUGACGUCACCUGGGAGCAUCGAGCCCAGCGCCGCAGUCGGUCCUGAGAUGAAUGCACAAUAUUUAAAUGGAACCGAGCCGGUUCUCUCACUCCACCCUGUGGGCUCUUCAUGUCAACACAGUCUUGCUCUAGAGACUCACUGUACUGUAACUCAAAUGGAAUUCCUAUAUGGAUGGAUUGGGGUUUUUUCUUUUUUGGGAAAUAUCUGAAACAACAAAAAAUUACCAAGCGGCAUCCAUGAGAGCAAAUAGGCUGUUAGAGGAAUUAUUCAAUGUUGGCUCUGUUGAGUCACUGCAAUACUUUUGCAGGCCUUUCAAUAACAUCACAGCCUUGCAUUGACCUGAGACGUCACUGCAGUGAGGGCAAACAUGAAAGUAGCUUAAUGCAUCAUCACGGUGUGUGUGUGUAUGUGUGUGUGUGUGUGUGCGCUUCUGUGUUCCGGACACUUUUGGACUCAUUUAUUAAAGGCGAGGUGGAAGCCACCUUGAGCGAGCACGCUAAUGAAUGGCAGCGGGGUUCACCUCAAUCACUAAAGUAGACAAGCCACAUGAAGGCACUUUUGUCUUUCAGCACCACGGAGAGCUCCGAUACUGCUGGCUUUUCUGAGCCGACAGGGGGCGCAGUCGUCCCAUUCCACACGGCCACUGAAAUAUACCAUCCAACUUAAAGCGGCGUCAUUAAAAAAUAAAAAAAGAAAGAAAGAAAGAAAGAAAUGACAGAAAUAACUAACACCAGCUUGCUGCGCGUGUUGUUUGUGGUUAACCGGCUUUCAAUAUCCUCUUCGUUUGAUUCAAGUUGCGCGUAAGCUUUCAAUAAAUUAUUAGAAAGCGCGAGCGAGACAGCGGAAGAGGGAGAAGGGGGGGGGAAAAAAAAGAGGGGGUGGGGUGCAUAUCAUUUAAUGCACCCCCUGUCAAACCACAGUCGGUCCAGUAUAGAACGCCUUAAAGGUGACCAACAUGCAAAAAGUUGCUUUCAAAGGCGAUUAGUAAUUCGAAGCCGGGUUUGUUUCCAUUUCCGACGGUGAUUUAAUAGCCAGAAGGGAGCAUCCCACUCCCCAGCCCACUUCCGCGGCUCUCCGGCGAUCGCGUCGCGGCGACGGUGGCGGUUGGCGGCGGACAGAAUAGCGGUGUGGAUGUGAGGCUUCGGACUGAUGUCUCUGCCUAAUAUCAGGAAUCUUAAGUGUCUCUCGCCCGUCAUGUGCCAGUGUAAGGUCAUCUGCAGCAACCGGACCCUGUCGCUCAUGUUCGGGUGUAAGAAGUACAGGUACCAGGAUGAGGAGACGCCCCCCUUGGAGCACAGCCCGGCACAUCUGGCUCCGGGGAAAAGUGCCGAAAUGCUGCACAUGAGCGACAAGAACCUCGCCGCCAUGGAGGCCAUCCACGGCUACACGCCGCACACGCAUAUCUCUCCUGUCAAGCCUGUAUUGAUGUCUACAGGACACACUCCAAUGUACACUUCUGCUGUUUCCACACUGGUAAGAGCACUAACCUGCGCCUGUAGGGAAAGCCCGAAUGUUGUCAUGCUCUGUCAUCACUGUCCAGACUUGCAUGUGUGCUCGUUUCCUGUCAUUUUCUUCAAUCUGGUUUUGGCCCAGGUCUCUUUCAGAUUAAUAUGA